AUGGAGGUCGCUAAGGGACCCCUUGGAGUUGUGGGGUUUGGGCAUUUCUCCCGAGCUGCUGAAGCUCAGAUCGUAGUAGGGGGGGACCCCGACGCUCCCCGGGGGUCCCGGGGCCCCAAGCAGAAGUAUCAGACCCUCAGUGAGAUGCUGCAGGGGGAGAAUUGUCUCAGCGGGCUGUUUGAGAGCUACAACAACCACGAGAGGCCUUUGGGUUCGCUAAUGACGCUGCAGCAGCUGCAGCGUGGUUGUUCUGCAUCCCGACGUCAGCACGAGGUGUUGAGUUGGGGUCUGUCUCCUCAAGUGUCUAGGCAGGUAUCUAUUCAUCGUAUGAAACCUUCUCUGGGCAAUUGUAUUCCCUUUAAGGAAUUCCUUUCAACUUUAACAGCAGCAGAUAUAUUCAACAAUAUGCAAGCAACAGAAUAUCCGGUUGAAUUUCACGUGAUGAACAGCAUAGCCCUCAGCUCAGCAAUAGAAACCCUCGUCAACACCGCUUCCUCUUUCUACUUCACAAUCACCGACUUCUGUCAAGCUCUAGAGCCGCUGCUUCUGCAGCAAGCAAGCCCUUUGGAGGCCCAUACAGGGGCCCCGAAGGUGGCCCCCGACUUGAAUCCUAAACCCUCGGGAGGCCCCGAGGGGCACCUGGGGGCCCCCUCUGCUCCAGCGGUGGCUGGGGAGUGGGAGGAUCAGCAGGAAGUCCGCAGAGCGCUUGAAGAUGCAUUUGAGGAGAUCCAGGGGGGUCGCUGUGGGGCCGUCAAUGUCCUCGAGGUGCUGCUGGGGCUGUCACGAUACUGCAGCGUCAACAGAGGAGACAGAAUUAAAGCCAGCUUCGCGUUGUUUGACAGGGAACGUCGCGGCAGUUUGAACUUUCUUGUUGUCGCUGCCGUAUUCCACCACCUCCACCGCAUGCUGUUGACCCCUUCUGUUGUGGACAAACUCCGUCGGGCCGAUCUCCCCUUCCAGAACGUAAGGGCUGCGGAGGCUGAGGUUCUUCAAGGGGAAGCUGCAGCAGCAAGAGCAGAAGCAGCAGCAUCACAACCUGCAGGGGCAGCAGAAACAGCAGCAGCAGCAGCAGCAGCAGCAGCAGCAGAAUACGUUAGCAAAGAGCUCUUCGUAGACAUAACAGAAGAGCCUUGGAAGACAGCCGCCCACUACGCUGACCUCAAUCUAACGUUUGAUGAAUUUGCUAAAGAGUACGCAGGCAGGGUCUAG